AUUUUUUUUUUAUGUUUUCUUUUUUAAGUUUGUGUUUGGACUUUGGAAUGUAUGCUACAGUUCAUCAAGUUUGAAGCUUUUUUCCCAACAACCCAGAGAAGCUUCUUCUUUUUUUUUCUUUUAAUUUUGACAUUUUAACUUUGGGUUUCAUAAUUCAGAUCAUUUUCUUUUAAUCAUUUCCCAAUGAAAAAUUUGGGUAGCAAUAAUUUUUUUUAGUUCUUGAAGAUAUUGAAAGAAACACUUGAUUUUUUUUUCCCGAGGGGAGGACACAGUUUCUAAACCCAUAAAUCGUAGUUGAAAUAGUUUCAAUUGAGCUUAAUUAUGUUUUUUCUAGAUAUAGUACCUUUUUGAUGAAGUUAUAUCUUCCAGCUUUUUUAAGUGAGUAAUGCAUUUAAUAUUUCUAGUUAUAUGAUAGGUUGAGUUCAAUUUCUUUAUCUGGCACUUAUUUUCCCCAAUUGGACACUAUAUUUCUUAAUUAUGAGUGCCAUUUUUUUAUAUAAUCUUUUAUUUUGGUAAUGUUAAAAUAGAGUAACAAAACAGUGCAAUGUUUCUUUUCAGAGAUUGCAUGUUUGUGAGGAUAAUUUUCGUUAUCUUUAUAGAUUUUUUAUCUUUUUGUUUAUCCAUCUAACUUCACGUGGUCAAUGGGUUCCACUUGAUUGUACUGCUUUCAAUAUUAUAUCCUUUGAUCACUAUAAUAUCAGUAUGAAGAUCCAAUAAUCAUCAAUUACUGGUCCCAGCUCAUUUAAGGCAUGAAUUUAGUGAUUUGAUUCUUGUAUAUUUGUAACAUUUCUUCUUUUUUGGGGUUGUUCUUUGUUGUACUGAUCGGUAUAGUUGAUGUAAAUUGCUUGUCAGUUGAGUAAUUCAGUAAGUUCUAUGGUUAUAACCAACGGUCAGUUAAGUUCCGGCAUCUUAAACAGCUAGAAGAUAAAGUAUACAUUUCUCUGUGGUUGCUGAAACCGGGGUCUUACAAGUAACUAAUACGGUUCCUUUGAACUUGAAUAGUUGGACAGAAGUGUACUGCUAGAUGAAACCAUUGUUGUUGUAGUUGUGUUUGUUGAUGAGUAUUUUUAGAUUCGUAUUGCUUAAUAUCAUCAUUAUGUUCUUCUUAUCCUGUGUAAAAUGGCCAUCGUGUAAUGCAAGGUGCAGGGCUUCUGAUUUUCCGAGGGAAUAUGACGGUGAAUGCCUUCAAAUGAGAAUGUCAUACAGUCCGGCUGCACACCUCUUCCUAUUCUUGGUGCAGUGGACUGACUGUCACCUUGCAGGUGCACUCGGGCUGUUAAGAAUCUUAAUUUACAAGGUUUAUGUCGAUGGUACUACCACCAUGUCUACACAUGAAAGGAAAGCAAGUAUAAGAGAGUUCUAUGCUGUUAUCUAUCCCUCUUUACUGCAACUUCAGAGGGGUGUCACUGAUACCGAAGAUAAAAAACAGAAAGCAGUGUGCAUGGAAAGGUACCGAAGAAAUGACGACAAGGAGUAUAGGCAGCUUAUUGACGUUGAUGUUGAAAGAGAAGAAGAAUGUGGAAUAUGCAUGGAGUUGAACGGUAAAAUUGUGCUACCGAACUGCAAUCAUGCCAUGUGCUUGAAAUGUUACCGUGAAUGGCGGACUAGAUCACAGUCGUGCCCUUUCUGUCGUGAUAGUCUAAAGAGAGUAAACUCCGGGGAUCUCUGGGUAUUCACCGACAGCCGGAAUAUAAUUGACAUGGCCACCGUGACAAGGGAGAACCUUAGAAGGCUUUUCCUGUAUAUAGAUAAGUUGCCACUAAUUGUCCCUGAUACUAUUUUUGAUACUUACGAUUCCCACCUAAGGUGAUCAAGUACAUUCUAAUAUAUACCUUAUCUGCGGUCGAAGUAUUUUCUGGUCGAUGAUUUCUCUCAAUUACAUAAAAGUCCGAAUUACUCGGUUCUGGAAAAAUGUAGUUAGGUUAGCUACUGCUGCAGUGGUUUCCAUGCCCAAAGUUAUUGUGGGGCUGGUGCUGAAGUUGAGGUAGUUCAUAUAGGAGGAGCCCUUCAAAGUUGUAUUUACUACAUUUGUACAUGCUUGUAUAGCCUGAUGCUUGAUAUGAUAAAUAUCAUUUUCUAAUCUUAUAUAUGGCUUUUUAUUA